AUGCCUGUUAACAACUUCAUUUUUCUCCUCCUGCAUUUGAUGCAACAGUUCAACGGAUCACCCCUGAGUGUGCCCUUCAGAAGUCCGACGGGUGAGUACAGCGUGGCCUACGAAGGGAGCAGCGUGAGGUACACGUCUGCUUUCGGCUUCACCGUCUGGUUCCUAACUAACUACAGGGUUAAUGUUGAAGUUACGUCGGAUCUCAGAUCACAACUCACAGGAUUAUGCGGAAACUUCGACGGCAAUGCCAGGAACGACCUGCAGGUGAACGGACUUGAUGUGAGCUCACUCCCGGACCCUGGAAAUGCAGUUGGAAACAGUUUCAUCGUUCAGGAAAAUCAAACUUCCAGCACAACCUUCUUUGAGUCCUGGUUUUCAACAUCACCGUCCGCACCGACGACCUCACCACUUUCACCAACCACGACGAUGUUGAGUCCCGACAUUCAGACACCAGACACGUGCCCAGCAGGUAACGCAAAGUUCAGACUGAGUUGCAGUCAGUUCGGCGACCUGAGCGGGUUGUUCUCGACUUGUUUGAAGCUGAUGGACGCAGUGGAGGUGUCUGCAUUCGUGGAGUCCUGCCAGUUCGAUGUGGACUACACUUGCGAGGGAGCUGACGUCGUCAAACAGGCAUACCUCACACUAACCUUAGACUGCUACAGCAGAUUCGGUGUUACUAUUCAACAUGAUGUCGAACCAGAUUGCAACUGCGUGGAGCCGAACACGGUCUGCAUGGCGACAGCACCGGGCUGUCCCGCCACUUGCGACAAUCCCACCCACCCUUCCACUUGCAUCCAGCCCGACGCCAAGUACGUCUGCGCGUGUCAGCCCGGGUUCCUCCUCUUCAACGGCAGGUGUGUUCCUCCGACUGACUGCGGAUGCGUCUACACUGAUGGAAGGUUCUUCAAGAAAGGUGAUUCUUGGAUAUCCCAAGAUUGCAAGUUGAAGUUGACUUGCUCAGCCCCCAACAUCUACACGAGUGGUGUCUUCUCGUGCCCCGCCGGGAGGGCCUGUGUCAGUGGGGCCUGCCUCGCGUGCACCAACAGUCAACUGUGUGGCACGAACGGGGAUUGUAUUGAAACAUCCACAACGAAGGGGUACGUCUGCAAGUGCAAGCCUGGGUUCAUGGGUGACACCUGCAAUUUCUCCCUAUCGAAGGCCACCUACUCCCGCACCCACUGCACAACAUUCGACAAAGCCACUUUCGAUUUCAAAGGAAUUGGUAAUUUCCUUUUCGCAAAAUCAACUCUGAAGGCUGUGCCCGGCCUGCCCAAGCUCAUCAACUUCAUGGAGUUUGAGGUGCGCGCUGUUAAUGUUUACCUGGUGAACACGAAAGAAAUUGCGUAUGCGAAGAUUUUAAUAAUCAACUUCCUCUCUCAUCAUAUCGUCAUCGAUCGUGACUUAGAAGGUCUCGAUGCCAGGAUAACUGUAACGGUGGACGGCAACAUCGUCAACCUGCCCUAUAACUCCACCGACUUUGAAAUCGUCUGGAACAGUCUGUCCAGUGUCGACUUCUCAUCGAAUCUUGGUUCCUUUGUGGUCACGUACGGAGCUUCCGACUCCACCAUAACCGUCACGAUUCCUUCUUCAUAUUUCAGCGGUGGGAAGGGCUUGGCACCUCCCAACGGACUGACGGGAGUGUGUGGAGGAUUCGAUGGGAUUCCGGACAACGACUUGGUGACGGCCGACAACAGAAGUGUGGCGUCCAGUCCAGAUCCAGGUUUCGAAAUUGGACUCAGCUACACUGACAAGUCUGAUCCUUACUUCAAGAAUCUCACAAGCCUGCCGAACGAAGUCCUCUCCAAGGAGUGCAGCAACGCCACCCUGCUGAACAAAUGCAAUCUGAUUCAAUCGGCUCUCUUCAGACCGCUCCUCGUCACGCUAGGCGUCAGCGAGGCUCAGACCUUCGUCAAAAAUUGCAUUGCCGAUGUCACUCGACUCUGCAACUUGGAUGCGUUUUGUACUGCAGCCGAACGGGUUGCCAAGUUGGCUGAGGCACUGGGUUUCGUAACUGAAUGGAGGAACAUCCUCGGCUGCCCCCUCCAGUGUCCACCAGGUCAGAUCUUCAGCCCACGAUCCACAGGAUGUCCAGAAACCUGUGACGACCCCGACGCUCCUGCCACUUGCACUGAACCUGACCUCAUCGGCGAGUGUGUGUGUCCCCCUGGUCAGGUGCUCUUCAAGGACAAAUGCGUGAACAGGACCUCGUGUGGUUGUGCCGAUGUUGCUACUGGCAGAUUCUACGAGAUUGGACAGUCCUGGCGAAGUUUGGGAUGCGCGAAGAAGAUGACAUGUACUGAAGGUGGGAAUGUUACGCAGGUGACGGCUGGCAACUGUUCGAAAGGAUUUUGUGUUGGCAACAGAUGUUCAGGUUGUACUCCUAAUCCAUGCUUGUACGGAGGUCAGUGCAUAGAGACCAGCGAGGAAGGAGAUUUCAUCUGCAAGUGCCCACCUGGUGUCUUCGGCAAAAGAUGUGGCGGAAGCAACAGCCAAGCGGACAUCGUCAUAAUGAUUGAAGAUGGGCCGGCAGACUGCAACCCAGCUGAAAAUAAUUUCAACUCUUGCGUUUUUGGCUUCUACAGAAAAAUUCUCAACUUCCUGUCAAGUUUUGUCGCCAACUUACCGCUCGGUGGUGGCGACAUCAGAAUCGCCGGCGUGUCCUUCUCAUCACAGCCUCAACUUCUCUGGUCGUUUGAUGAUUAUACCAAAGUGGCCGACCUGCAAACAGCUAUCAACCAAGUGACCUUGGGAAAUGCAAACCAGCCCAUCAACUUGGCAAUAUCCAUCGACUUCAUCAUCAGUCAAGUUUUCCAGAUAAGCAAUAUAAUUUCGACAACAAUUAGGACGCCAACACUUACACUGACACCGCCAGCUCCAAAGAUUCUGCUCAUUUUCACUGACGCUCAACCGAAGGCCGAUGCCAGCAAGAUCGGCAUGGUAGUCAGCAAGCUGGCUACAAGUGGCGUCCAGGUUUACACGUUUGGUCUCACGAGUCGUGUCGACGUUAAUCUCUUGGGUCAGAUCUCUUCAAGCCCCAAGCAGAAAUAUGCCAACUUCUUCCCAAGCUUCAUGGACAUCUCCGUCGAUGUUCUCAAACAAAUUUUGAAAAUAGUUGAUCUGAACGUUCCAUCCCCAUUCAAUGGCAAGAACCCCUUCGAUCCAAAUGGCCCCUUACCAAAGUUCCCUCAACUGACCGCCAAAUGCAAGUGUACAGGAGACACCCAUUGUAAGACCUUCGACGGACUCAACCUGGACUACCAAGGAACAUGCAAAACUCUCCUCUCGUCAAACAACCUGCCCGGCAAUACCAGUCUGAAUGGACCGAACAUCACGGCACCCCCCUUCUCCGUCUACAUCCACAACUACCAUAGGGAGCCCAACUCGAAGGUGGCCUGGGUCAGGAAUGUGGAAGUUGUGCUCGGUGCUAAGGUCAUCAGGUUCAUCAAGAUAGGAGAGUCAUAUAGUGCCAUUGCGUCUGUUACUGUGGACGGCGUUUCAGUUGAACCUCCCCACGUCAACAACGACUUCACAAUCAUCUAUAAUGCCGACGGCCUUGAGUUGAGAACCACGGACGGAUCACUUGUCGUCGGUUACAACGUUAAUGGAAUGGCUUCCGUCGACAUUCCCAACUAUCUCACUAAAAAAGUCUACGGCAUAUGCGGUAACUUCGACGGCAACCAGGGGAACGACCUGGUGACGAAGGACGGUCAGGAUGUGAGUGGGAUGAGAGAUCCGGGGAAGUUUGUUGGAGACAGUUACAUUGUUAUGGGUGAUGUAGACAAUGCGGGGAUAAUGGACAGCUGCAAGCCCCCUGCCGUCACUAACCAGACGUGCAGCCCUUCCAUGAAGGAACUGACCAUGAAGUGCAACCUGCUGACAGACGUCAAUGAAUUAUUUGGAGAAUGCAUCAACAAAGUCGGUCGCAAAGUUGCCCAAAUUUUCCAAUACGAUUGCUUGUUCGACCUCCAGCAGACGUGCGACGAAAGCGUUGUUGAGCCUGCCAUCUUCCAGUUUGUACUGUACUGUUUCCAAUAUGCCCAAGUCGACAUUCCUGACUGGAGAAGGAAGUUGAAAUUUCCCUGUCGGUGUUCAGACGACAAGAUCUGCAUUCCGAAGGGCCCUCCCUGCCAGCCCAACUUCUUCUUCCCAGACAAAUCCUCCGUCUGUGCGCUACCAGAUGCCAUCGACGUCUGCACCUGCCCCCCUAGGAAGGUCCUGUUCAAUGGAGUCUGUGUGGAUCUGCAGCAGGCUGGAUGCAUCGACGCUGAGGGCAGAGCUCGAAAGACUGGAGAGAUCUGGUUGAGCAAGGAUUGCACGCAGUUGUUGACCUGCGCGGGUUUGAACAACAUCAAAUCCGAGGCAACAUCCUGUCCGGAUCAAACUUCUUGCUUCAAUGGAAAGUGCUCAGCCUGUGUGGCGGCCCAACCGUGUCUCAACGGGGGGUCGUGCCUGGAAACGUUGACCUGCCAAGAUAAAUCGCCCACCAAUCCAGGCUGUUACUGGAAGAAAUUCGCCAACAAAAAAAGUUUGGCCUCGACAUCUUCAGGACUUUCAGCCGUCAGUCAGUUGGCCGAUUGCUUCCAAGCCUGUUACCAAACCAGCAGAACAGAUUGCAUGGGAAUCAACUGGAAUCCUUCGGCUAACAUGGGACAGAGAUGUGGUCUCGUUGUAAAAGCAGGAGGGGAUCUUGUCGAUGAUGUUAGCUUCACUUACUAUGAGUGGACGUGUUCCACAUCUGGCACGUGUAUGUUGUCGGAAGGACCACAGAUUUCAACAUUUGACGGCUUCUCCCUCCUCUACAGAGCUCCCUGCAUGAUAAUCCUCACCUCCUUCAACGUCCCAACCCUUCCGACAUUUUCCGUGGCUUCAAAGAACGUUCCAGCAUGGAAGCAAGGUGCUGCAGCUGCUACGACCUGGACGAGGGAAAUAAUGAUUCAAUGGAAUGGAAGGCUGAUUAAAUUCAAGAGCGAUGGACUUGGGAUCCCAAAAUGCGAUGUAUUCGACAUGCUUACAAACGUCAAAUUGCCUUACACAGCGCCGUUCUCUGUUGAUGACAUAUCAGUUCAAGUAGUUGGAGCAGAUCUGGAAUUCUCAACCAGCAGUCAGAUUAAAGUUGGCUUGGCUAAGUCGGGUAGGUCAUACAUCAUCAUGCCACCAACAUACUCUGGAAAGGUUAUGGGAACUUGUGGGAACUUUGAUGGGGUUAAAGAAAACGAUGGCAUACCCUUCAGUGGCUCGCUUGCAGGUUCAGCGCAGUCAGGGUUCACAGGUAUUGGGGGAGGAGGAAAUUCUACGGAUGUUGGUAAUUCAGUUGGGAACAGUUACUACGUAUCAGAUUUCCAGUACCCAUACUUAUCAAACUGCUCGGUACCUGACUUGAGCAACACAAGUUUGACACCUGUUCCGCCUAUCCCACUGGACAAAUCCCGCUGUGAUGCCAUCGUCAGUGCCAACAGUUCAUUCGCCGCUUGUGUGGCUCUUCUGGACCCAGCCAUGGUGGCAAUCUUCGUUAAUACUUGCAAGUUCAAUGUGGACUUCUUUCUUAAUGAUUUGUUAUCAUGUACGGCUCUGGAAAGCUUUGUGGAUCUCUGCAAACUUUCGGUUGGAGUGAGCACACCAUCUGGUUGGAGGGAAACUUUCAAAUGUAAAUGUCAGUGCGCGCCAGGGUUCGUGUGUGCCCCCUCCUCCCCUGCCUGUCCCGCCACUUGCAACAACCCCGAUGCCCCGAAAACCUGCUUGGAACCCGAACUGCAGGACGUUUGCGUGUGUCCCGCGGGCAAGCUUCUCCUUAAUGGAACGUGUGUGCUUCCUUCCAUGUGUGGCUGCGUCGAUGGCUUUGGAACUGCUAGGAAGACGUUGGAAAAAUGGUUGAACCUCGACUGUUCAAUGGAAUACACGUGCGCGAGGAAUGGGACGACCUCUUCAGUGCCAUUUACUUGCCCAGCUGGCACCCUGUGCACGGCGGGCGUCUGCUCGGCCUGUGCAUCGAACAACCCAUGCCAAAACAAUGGAACUUGUAUUGACGUAAUGAACAGCCCGAAUCCCAUCUGCAAAUGUUUGACUGGUUUUGCUGGAAAAUUCUGUGAAUAUAGUGGUUCCAACAACACGUGCACAAUUUCCGGCAAUGGACAUCUGCUGACCUUUGACGGCGCCAGCCUGGACUUCGGAGGUGACUGCAAAUUUCUCCUCCUCCAGUCCCUCCCCCCUGCUCCACUCUUCAAAGUCUUCGGCAAAAAUUUUGUCAUCAACAAAAAUGCGGCCUUCUUGCGCUACGUUGAAAUUGAAACUGCCAUCGGCGUGUUGAGGUUGGAACGUCCUGAGCUGUCGUUGAGUACCAUGGGGUCUGUGGACGUCAGUAUGAACGGUUCGCUCAUUCAUCUGCCUCUGAAGGGCGACCAGUGGGAAGUUGCGUACCGAGGUCAGAAGGUCGAGUGGAGGACUGACUUCGGAGUGUCAAUAUUGUAUCACAACUGGCAAGCAAUAAUCAAACUGCCGAGUCAAUUUGCGGGAAGUUUGAUUGGCCUGUGUGGUAACUUUGACGGCAGCAAGGACAACGACAUGAUGCAGCUCAAUAGGCGACCACCUGUGUCCACCACCAAACCUGGUCAGGAGAUUGCAAACUCUUUCAUCGUUAAUGAUUUGGAAGCAAUUGAUCCCAAUUCGUGUAUGGAUCUCGUGAACAAUCCUGUUCCCGUUGAUGACCCUGUAGCACCUCCAGUCCCUGCACCUAGUGGAGUCGUAGUACCCGCCGUAACUGGCACCUUACCUACCGUAACAGCAACCGUCGGACCAUCAAGUUCGGUGACAGCUGUUGCGAGCGUCACAGGCAGCCCACUCAGCUUCACAGCUACCAGACCAGUCGGUGGCUUAACGACGGCACCCAACUUGACGCAACCCCCCACCCCACCUGCGGGCUGCCAGCUGUCAGCUUUCGAGAUCAACAAGUACACCCUCCUAUGCACACAAGUCAUUGACGUCCACGCGGCAUUCGCAGCCUGUGCCAACGUUCUGGGCUCCAACCUCUUCAUUCAGGCGCAAACCAAGUGCCAACUUGACGUCGUGCUGACGUGCAGUGCCGACAUGUUCACCCUGGCUUUCAGUAGUUUGGUGGUCCUCUGCCAAGAGGUCGGUGUCGUCGUCACUGUCAACUCAACUGCGAAUUUCACAUUACCUUCACCAUCUUGCCCGGUGAAUGGCAUGGUGUUGAACCCGGCUCCCUCAUCUCCAUGCCUGGCCACAUGUGCCGAUCUGGACGCCCCCAAGCACUGCACCUUCCCUGACGAGGUCAACGUCUGCUCGUGUCCGCCAGGUUUCGUGUUCAGCAGCAAACGAUGCAUUCCCAGGAAUCAGUGUGGGUGUGUCAGCAAAACCGGAAUGUCUUAUAACGUUGGCAGUGUCUGGUUUGAGACAGGCUGCACAAAGAAGUACACGUGCCUUGGUCCCAGCGAGAUCAAGGAGGAGGAGAACAAAUCCGGAACAUGCAUUUUAUUUACACCGCAUUCCCAUCCACCAUCGUCAUUUUUUGAGUUCUUUCGACAAAUUUACCUCAAUUUUAAAGUUUGACAUUCAAUAACGUAAACUUCAAACGCCGAUGCAAAGCUACACAUGUUCACAGAUCAAUAAACGCACAUUAACAUAAAAUUAUCAUAUUUAUCAAUUGUUAGACUAACAUUAGCAUAAUAUAUUAUCCAGUGUUAACUCGAGGAACGAAAUAUAAAUUAUAUAUAUAUAAUGUAUAUAUAUUUAUACAUAUAUUAUAAAUUAAAUUUAUACAUAAUUUGAUUUAAAUAAUAUAAACUUUGUUUUACAGAAUUAUGAAAAUAAAUAUUUAAUAUUUGUGCAUUAAUAUAUUGAACUUAACUAGGGCAUAUUUCGAUAAAUUUAUUAACAAAUUAAGGAGUUAUAUUUGUCUAAAUGUUACAUUCUACUCUUAAACAUUUUAUAUUGAAAAAUAUUAACAAAUAUUCUUCCGGUUUGAAAGCGGAAGCACAACAAUAACGAUGUAACAUUUAUUAUGGUCUGAUGUUCAACUCACAUCAUGAACAUGUUAGCAGAGGAAACUUCAUUCGUUAAAUUGCGUAGGUAAAAACAAAUACACACAGCAAGAAAUAAUGGCAAAUUCUGAAAAAAUAUAAUAAUAAUAAUAAUGAUAAUAACAAUAACAACAAUGAUAAAACGUGGAACCAUAUAUAUAUAUAUAUUUAACAACAACACGUUCCAACGGUUUCAUAUCACAUG